AUGACUACCUCAACUGUCCAAUCUGGCACAACCAAGCCCAAGCAGAAGAUCAAGAUAGCCCUCUCAGUCGACUUUGAUGCCAUCUCCGGCUGGCUAGGCACGUCCCAACACCCAGACAACAACAUGGCCGACCUCUCCUCCGGCUACUUCAGCGGCUACGUUGGCGUCCCUCGCCUUCUAAAAGUCUUUUCUCGUCUUGGAAUUUCUGACAAAGUGACUUGGUGCAUCCCCGGCCAUUCUCUCGAGACCUUUCCAGCACAAGCAAAAGCGAUUGUAGAGUCAGGGGCUGAGAUUGCUUUGCAUGGGUACUCUCAUGAGGGAAGUGCGCAGAUGACUGCGAAACAGGAGAGAGAUGUGUUGGUCAAGACUAUGAGUUUGGUCGAGGAACUGACGGGCAAGAAACCUAGGGGUUACAGAGCACCGUUGUAUCAGAUCCAGGAACGGACGGUGAAAUUAUUGCAAGAGCAUGGUUUCCUCUGGGAUUCGAGUCUAGCGCAUCUAGACAGUAUGCCAUACUUCUUGCCCAAGGAAGUGGAUAGACUCAACACGAUCGAAUUCUCUCCUGACAAGGAGGCGAGUAGUUGGAUGAAACCUUCGAAAGACUUUAUGAAGAUGGAGAAGAGCACGUUAGUUGAGAUUCCUUGUAAUUGGUACAUGGAGGACAUGACGCCUAUGCAAUUCUUUCCCAACGUUCCCAACUCUCAAGGCUUUGUCGAUGUUCGCCUGAUUGAGCGCAUGUGGAUGGACCGCUUUGAGUGGUUCAAGAGCGAAGUCGAAGACGGCAGAGAGGACAUGACAAUCUUUGCGCUCGUCCUUCAUCCUGAUACAAGUGGCAUGGCACAUGUGAUUGGGAUGAUCCGGAGAUUCUUGGGCUGGGUAAAGUCGUUUGGUGAUGAAGUCGAGUUCUGUACAUAUGAGCAGAUCGCAACUGAGUUUGCAGGGAAAUGA